CAAUGGUGGCAUUACACAUAUUAAUAUAUCCACAAGCGGGUCCGGACAUUAAAUACGCUUUGGGUUUUCUCAGAACCCAACUGUCGACCACCACUACAAUUGCUCUUGUAUUUGGACCGAAAAUAUCGCGUAUCUUUAAAGGACAAGGUGAUAAAUGGGAUCAAAAGGCUAAAGUUAGAAGCAUAACAGCAUCGUUUUCAUUAAACGGUGUAGGUUUAGUACCAGACGAAUCACCGGAUUUGUAUCAAGAAAAUGAAGAACUUAAGGAACAAUACAAAAUUAGCCCAUCAAAUUGAAUUCAUGAAGACUGUACAUAUGCAAAUAAAUAAUAGACAUUUGAAACCUAAGCCGGGUGGUUAUUUUACCAUAACAUCCACCUCAUUCCAGGCUCCAUUCAGUAAAAGUAAUAUGUCUUCAACGCAAACACAAACUUCCAAAACGGGACAAGAUGAUUCGCAUACAGGUUCCAUUAAUAAAGGAUUCCCCACCAACCUAACACCGACAAAAUCAAAAACAAAAACAACCGAAAAAGUUUGACGAGGUCAACGAAGUGAAAAUGAUUGCUCAAAUGAUAAUUAUAUUUGGACUACAAAGGAAUCGCCAUUCGAAGAACGUGGCCCGCUUGACCAGCCCGAUGACGACGAAGAGGCUCAAAAACUAUUUCAACAAUUUCGUAAUGUUUUUGGCAAUGAGAUUGGCACCAAUCUCUAUUAUGCCUUAAACUCUGACGACGACAGCGAUGAGGUGGCACACAUACGCAUCGAA